CUCUGUUUUUUCGUGAAUAUUUUCCAUAACUCUUUUUCUUUGAACACUACAAAAAAAAAUACAUAGAUUUAGAAAUUAAUAAAAAAUAAUAAUAAUCUAUCAAAUAACGGUUCUCUUCUCUUUCUAAAAACAAAACGGUACAACUCUUUCUCAUCAUGACUUCAAACGAUUCUUUGGACACUUUGCCCCCUUCUGCUCAAUUAGCACUUCUUCACGCUCAAGCUGCCAAGCCCUCUUCUAAUAACAAUAACGUGGUUGAGGAAGACCCCUUUGUUCCUUCUGCUGAUGACCCAGUUGUUGUUAUGGAUAACUCUACUUAUGAACCUUUGAUUGCUGGUGAUUUCCCCACACCUAUCGGUAAGCCUAUGGCCGUCCCUGUAAAGAGAGAAAUCAUCACCAAGAAGAACUUGGACUUGAACUCUGAAUCUGCUUUCCCUUCUCUCUCUGCUUCUCCUCGUACCCCCGUUGCCUCUGCCUGGUCUGCCUCUUCUCGUGUCAAGGCCCCUCAAACCGCCAACACCACACGCACUAGACCCAUGGCUCCUGCUUCCGGUGGAAAAAAGGCUUCUUCCGCUACUCAAGUCACCGACGUGUUGGAGUUGCCUGCCAACCAACAAAUCGCCAACUUGAACAGUAAACCCCUUGGUUUCAAGUCUUCUGCUGAUGUCAUUCAACAAGUCAUCAAUAAGACUGGUACCAACAUUAUUGCUUCUACCAACCGUUCUGGCAUCACCACUUUCCUCAUCCAAGGUGCCCCUGCUGAAGUUGCCAGAGCCAAGAGAGAUUUGGUUGCUGGUCUUGUCAUCAAGCGUACUGUUGAAAUUGCUGUUCCUUCUUCUACCCGUCGUUUCAUUAUUGGUGCCAAGGGUGCUACUCUCAAGCAAAUUGAGACCAAGUCCAACACGCGUGUGAACUUUCCUCGCAAGGACGAUGAAGAUUUUGGUUUCAAUGAGGAAAACCCUGAUGAGUUGGUCAUUGUGACCAUUAUGGGUGAUGCUACUGGUAUCAGAAUUGCCAAGGAAGAAAUUGAAAAGAUUGUUGGUGAAAAGACUGCCAAGCAAACUAUCAAGGUAGAUCAUCUUGACAGCAAGUACUAUCUCUUCCUUGCCGGUCCUCACAAUAGCAACAUCAAGCAAAUUGAAGAAGAAUUUGAUGUCAAGAUCCAAAUUCCUGCCAUUGUUGUUGAUAGUGCUCUUAACCGUGACACCUCCAUUUCCAUCUCGGGUGACAAAGAAAAGGUUCAAUUGGCCAAGUCCGCCUUGGAAAAGAGUUAUGCCGACAUUGAAAAAUUGAGUCGUACUGUUGGUCUCAGUAUCCCCAAGCGUCAACACAAGUAUCUCUUUGGUAAGCACGGUGAGGUCCUCAAGGAAAUCUAUCAUGGUUCUGGUUGUACUGUCGAGCUUCCUUCCUCUGAGGAAUCCUCUGAAAAUAUCUCCAUCCGUGGUCCUGAUGCUAAAUUGGUGGAUGGCUUAACCUUUGUCAUGGGUAAGGUCCGUGCUGUUCAAGUCAGUGUUCUUGAUUUAUCUGAAAGCUACAAGUCCUCUGGUAAGGAAGCUUUAAAGUAUGCUCGUUUUGCUCUUAAGUAUCUCUUGAGCAAGAACAGCAUCAAGAAGAUUGAAAAUGAUCACAACGUUCAAGUUGGUGUCCCUACCGCUCAAGAACUUCACAAGACUGUGCAUCUUGAAGUUGUUAGCACUGUGGAGAAGGAUGCUGCUGGAGCUCAAUUAGCUAUUUCCAGCAUCUUGCGUGAAUUGACUCCUCAAGUCUUUGGUACUGUCGAUAUUGAACCUUACCUUCACCAACAUAUCAAGACUGCUCACCGUGCUGCUCUUGAACGUAUCCAAACCACCAACAACGUCAAGGUUAUCUUUUCUGAUGAAAAGGAAAACAAUGCUACCGUCUUACUUGUCUUUGAAGGCGAGGAUAAGUCUGCUGCCAAGGCCUCUCUUGAAGCCGCUUCUGCCGAUUUGAAGAAGAUUGCUUCCGAAUCAUCUGAUUUUAUUUCCAAGAAGAUUUCUAUUCCUGCCAAGUUCCAUGAUUUGAUCCGUGGUCCCAAGGGUACUACCUUGAACGCCAUUUUGGGUCCCCAUGCUGAAGCCACUGUUCUCUUUGGUACUUCUUCCAAGGACACUGUAGAGAUUCGUGGUCUUAGCAAGGAUGUGACUCAAGUAGUUGCUCAAAUUCAAAAGGCACAUGAGGCUGUCCAAUCUGAAGAUUUCGCCAAGUCCUAUACUGCCGAAUUCUUUAUCCCUGCCAACUUUUCUGCCCAUAUCAUUGGUAAGGCUGGUAUCCAUAUCAACAAGCUUAAGGAUGAUCUUGGUGUCAAGAUCGAUAUCGGCGAGAACAAGAAUGGUGAAGAAGAAAAGGUUGUUGUCAGCAAGAACAAGAAGAAUGCUGCCUCUGCUGCUCCUGUCAAGGUUGUAAUUCAAGGUAUCCGCUUGAAUGUGGAAGCCGCUAAAGAACGUGUGUUGUCUCAAAUCACCAAUUUAGCUGAUCAAGUCACACUCUCUCUCAAGGUACCCAAGGAAUUCCAUCGUUUCUUGAUUGGACCCAGUGGUCGUUAUGUCAAGAAGCUUGAAGACAAGUACAACGUCUUUAUUAAGUUCCCCAAGACCAACCGUGGUGAUGAAAGUCCUACUUCUUCCCCUAUUCCCAGCAACCCUGAUGAGAUUACUGUACGUGGUGGUAAGAAGGAUUGUCAAUCAGCCAAGGAAGAAUUGAUGGAACUCUAUGAGUAUGAAAAGGAGGAACAAGAAAAGAGAAAGGAAAGAGACAUCAAGCAAAAGGAGUACGAAGAAAAGCGUGCUAUUGAAAAUAAGAGAAGAGCUGAAGAGAGAGCUGCUAGAGAUGCUAGAGAUGCUGCCAAGGAAGCUGCUAGAGAAGCCAAGAAGGCUGAGAAGGAAGCUGCUGCUGCUGCCACCGCUGCUGCUGCUGCUAAUGCCACCAAGGAAUAAAUCCCAUCCAUAUCCCAAACACACACACACACACAUCAUUGACAAACUGAAAUUUUUAACAUAUAUCUUUACACCCUCACAUCCUUUUUGUAUUUAGAAAAAAAAAUAAACAAUUUUUUUUUACUUUAAA